UUUGAGUACAGCAUGAAAUACUCGUGUAGCUGUAUCCAUCCCCCCAACAGCUCGGCUGGGCUAGUGGCGCUUUGCUCUUAUUUUCAGUUUGUGUUUUUGGGGACGAAUAUAAAAUCAUCUGCCAGGAAUGAUACUCCGGUCAAACGAAGAAACGAAACGGAACCGAACGCAACGCAACACAACCCAACUCAACUCUAGGCUAACAAAAUUGCAUUGCAUUGUGAGCGCGUGUUAUUAUUUUGCUCGUUUCGAAAACAAUCCAGACAUUUUAUAAAAAAGGCGAGCGAACCAACAACCCCAAACAAUAAUAACAAAUUUUUACUUCCGCGUGUAAACAAAACAAAAAGCCGGACUAAAUAAAUAACACGCCUUUGAGGAGAAAUUAAAAACUAUUUUCAAUUAAUUUUUUUAUAAAUUAAAACAAAACGAAGUUUUAAAGGACUCAAGUCAUCAUGCUGAUGAAAUGGUUACGAAUUUUAAUGCGCCUAUUGAUGGUUGCCAGUGUCAUUUUUAUCCUACUGCCUGCUACCGUUCAAUGUGGACCCGUGCCAAAAGUCAAUGAGCACGAAAUGCUAAUGCCCAAAGUACCACAAUGGCAUUGUUUGCGUUACUUUAAACAUGACGUCCUAAUGAUGAGGCGCUGUCGUCAUUUAAGAGUACCGACCGCACCACGUUUGGGUGAUGUGAAAAAACUCAGCCAAAGUUUAAAUUAUAAUUUCGUUAAAACCUCAGAUAACAACAAGACACCAACUACCAACAGCAAAAACAGUUGAUUAAAUGUUCCCAAAUAAAUUUUGGAUUAAAAGAAAGUGUUCCAAAGAAGUUCCCUUUGCGAAAUGCCUUCAUUUUAUCUUGUAACAUAAAAGUUAGUAGCAACUACCAUGGUAUUCAUUUAUAGAUCCCAAAGAAUUUGUAUUUGUAAAGACAUGAAACAAAACUUUUAUGCCUUUGUACUUCAUAGAUUUAAGUUAAUGUUUU